AGGCCUGGCGAGGCUGGGCUGUGGAAACUGAGGCCCAGAGAAGCCAAGCGAUUUGCUGCAAGGCACAGAGGAGGCGAGUGGAAGAAUUGGGAUUCUUUGAGACUGCGAGCCCACUGUUGGAACUUGGGAAGAUCAAAAUAAAAUACUGUUUACGGAUUUUGGACGCUUUUUGGCUUAGUGUUUUGCCUGCCCCACGAAGAUGUCAGCGGAAAUACCUCUAAACAUUAAUAUAAAGGAACCCCGGUGGGAUCAGAGCACCUUUACCGGAAGAGCCAAUCAUUUUUUUACUGUCACUGACCCCAGGAAUAUUCUUCUAACGAAUGAGCAGCUAGAAAAGGCAAGACAAGUAGUGCAUGACUACAGACAAGGAAUUGUACCCCAUGGACUUACUGAAAAUGAGCUAUGGAAAGCAAAGUAUGUCUACGAUUCAGCCUUCCACCCUGAUACUGGUGAAAAGAUGAUUUUGAUAGGAAGAAUGUCAGCUCAGGUUCCAAUGAACAUGACCAUCACAGGCUGUAUGAUGACUUUUUAUAGAACGACUCCGGCAGUGGUUUUCUGGCAGUGGGUUAAUCAGUCCUUCAAUGCUGUUGUGAAUUACACAAACAGGAGUGGAGAUGCCCCUCUCACUGUGAGUCAACUGGGAACAGCCUAUGUUUCUGCUACUACAGGUGCUGUAGCAACUGCUCUGGGACUUAAUGCACUAACUAAGCAUGUCUCACCUCUCCUAGGACGUUUUGUUCCUUUUGCUGCCGUAGCUGCUGCUAAUUGCAUUAACAUCCCAUUAAUGAGGCAAAGAGAACUCAAAGUUGGGAUUCCUGUCACCGAUGAAAACGGAAAUCGACUGGGAGAGUCAGCCAAGGCGGCUCAACAAGCCAUUGCACAAGUUGUUGUCUCAAGGAUCCUCAUGGCGGCCCCUGGCAUGGCAAUUCCACCGUUUAUCAUGAAUACACUGGAAAAGAGAGCCUUUCUAAAGUUCCAGGAAUCUGAUGCAAUGUUUGAUGUAAUUCGGAUCUUGUUACCUCAGCCCUUAUGAAAAGGCAGAUAUAGCGGAACACCACAUAGCUGAGAAUCUCUGCUCACCCAGCCAGCCUGUGUGCCCCAGGGUCGAUACAGCCCGGAUACGGUCUGGUUUGUAAAAGAAGCCACAUCGCACUGAUUCCAAAUCCCCUUCUCUCCAAGUAGCCUUGGCUUGAUUUGGUUUUUUGAGCGAUGCCUUGGGCAGUUUGGGGAACGGAGGCGGUUCUAAAACGAAGCGGAUGCCCGUGUCACCGAAGCGCAAGUUUCAAAGUAAAACCGGAAUUGAUUGCAUAUGCCUAGCCCGGAAACUACGUCCACUUGCCAACCCCUGACUUCUUUUGGAAGAAGAGAGGAGGGACGACUCGAUGCGGACCAAGACAGCCGCCUAGUGCCGCCCACCCGACGUACCCGACCGAUGCAUUUGAAAGGGAUUUCUCCGAAGGCUGUAUAAUUGACUUUCACUCUUCCGUUCUUUUCCCUCUGCCUCACAGACUGCGAGUUCAGGUGAACGUUGCUUGGCAGUUCCUCGGUGGUGGGGUUUUCAAUAGACUAGUUCGAAAGCAAGUAAUCAGCCGCCCUCCUAACCGACAGCUUCUGCAUGUUUCCCCUCUGACUUCUGGAAAUGCCAGCUACUCCCAAAUGCUUUAUUAACAGAUGGGGUCCUCGUUAUCUCCGUACACGCCUGAUGUAGGAAAACGCAUUUAAUCCUUUCAAACCUUUGGAAGGCAGGGAAAAUAUCGCUUGAAAGAAGGGCGUGUUUGGGUCGUAUGCAGAUCAAACGUUUCUUUGGAUAUUACCACUCGGGUGCUUUUUCUAAUCUGGUAUGCUUUUUCAAGUGCAACAGUGUGGGUAUUCAGUCAAAUCAGUGGUAUUUAUGUAGCACUUACUGUGUGCAGAGCACUGUACUCAGCGCUUGAGAAAGUACAGUAUAACAGACACAACGAACUUCGAGUGUAGAGCUCAAGAUAUCACUCGCAGUGAAGUUAACCCGUGGGCGCUGGUGUGUCUGAAAAGAUCAGUGUGGGACUGACAAUCCUGGCCAUGUUGUUCACACAAAAAAGCUGCCCCUUUUGUCGUUUUAAUGUAGGAUUUAAGCGCUCUCUAUGUGCCGUGCACUCUACUAAGUGCUGGGAUAACUACAAGAUAAUCAG